GCCAAAUCACCACCUUACACGUGGUAUAUUCCAGUGGAUGCCGUGGCCGCUGCACUAUAUAUACCGAGCUCUUGGAGGUUAAGCUUAUCUCAUAAAAAGGAAAGACAAAGAAGUAGGUUUCCAGAGGGAGAGAGUUCUUAAAGUGUUUGUGAUAAUUACUCAAUAGAAAACGUUUGAAUUCUAAAGAAAAACAAGUGAACAUGGCAGAUGAGGGAACUGCUACUUGCAUAGAUAUCCUCUUGGCUAUCCUCUUGCCUCCUCUUGGUGUCUUCCUUAAGUAUGGUUGUAAGGCUGAGUUUUGGAUCUGUUUGGUUCUCACCUUUUUUGGGUACAUUCCUGGGAUUAUCUAUGCUGUUUAUGCCAUUACCAAGUGAUGAUCUUCAUCUUCUUCAGUGGAAAGCUAAUAACCAUUUGAUUUGAUGGAGUUGUGCUGUUUAAUUUGAUGUAGUCAUAUGGAUCAUUCUUGUGUGUGUGUGUGUGUGUAUUUUAAUAUAGAAUUUUCUAUUUAUUCUAUAUAUUAAUUUGAUGUAAAAAGGGUCAUUGCCAUUGGAUUUGAGUGGCUUUGUGAGUAGGAGAAUGGCUUGUCAAUGAUCAUGUUACUGUUAGUGUCUCUUUCAACUUCAAAUUUGUUUCCAAUGUGAUUUGUAUUAUUAUUAUUAUUAUCAUUAUAACCCUAUUCUCUCA